UCUUCACCGAGGCACAAACAGCACGCCCAAACCGCGUGGAAACGGGUUCCAAUCGAAAUAAGGAUAAAUCAUAAACCCACGUAUUUUUCUCUGAAUCAAAUGCAAGUGGAACAAAAGCAAGCGUGGAAGCACGGACACUAGUUUUUGCAAUUACGACAUUGAAGAUUUAGUUUUGUGUAGAGUUUAAUUCAACGAAAGAGGAAAUCAAUCACUUCUUUCUUUUUUGAUCGAAUUCGAAUUUCGCGGUAAUGGCUUUCAAUCCUUCUCUCCAACCAGAGAUCGGACCAGAUGGCCUCCCUAGAGAAGCUCCUGUUAUCGCCUAUACCGAGAAGAUAAUCGAGGAAGAGCAACUUCAGCUGAGGAAAUAUAUUGAAGAGAAUUAUUCAAAAAUCCGUGGCGUUGAACGGGAGUUAACAGAUCUUACAAUGGAGGUGAAACUUACAGCUGGACCUAAGAAAGCUGCGCUUGAACUCUUGAGAAAGAAAAUAGAGAUGUCAACUGAAAAAGUCCGUGUUGCCAAGCUCAAGGAGGAAGAAGCAAGGAAGGUUUGGGAAUCAGCAUCAAAGGCUGUGAAGGAUGGGGAAGCAAUUAAGCAGAAGCUAUGUGAAGACUUAAACCAAUUGGUUCAAGAAAGCAGCAACAGUCAGUUUACGAGACUCGAGGAACUAAAAAGGCGAUUGGAAGCUUUGAACCUAAGCAGAGCAUCCUCCUCUACUCUUAAGGAUGUGAAACAAUUUGAACCUGCACGGAAUAGCAUGGAUACUCCAUCAAUUCCUAAUGCAACUGUUCAAAGCGGUGGAGUAAAUGGGCAUCUAUCUGAUCGAGGUAAUGGCGGAAAUGCUUCAGCCAUGAAUGAGCAUAAUCAGCAUCCCCGUGUUGAAGGAGAAGGAAGAGGAAAGAAGAGGAGUCAGCUCCAAGGAAGAGGAAGGGGUAUUGGGGCUGUGCCCAAGGGUAGAGGAUCUUCUUUGCCUGGCUGGACAGGGGCUGGUUUUGAAUGCUGACACUAGAAGUUAGAAGCAGCAUGUCAGAUCUUCUUUUUAAUGCUGAAGCUGUGAGUUUCCGGGUAUAUAUGUUAGUCCAUUUCUCUACUCUUUACAUGCUAGUCAAUUUUUGCUUUUCUGUAUUCUUUCAAUUGUCUAUAGCUGGUUAUACAAAUUGCUGUUUCACAUUCUUCUUCUUAUUGAUGCUCGCGAUGUAUUAUGUCAUAUUAUCUUUCAAGUAGGAACUGGUUCAACAACAAUAUUUCUCUUUAGAUGUUCCUCAUCAUUUUCUGUUGAAAGCUCUAUUGCAAUUCUGCACA